AUGCCCAAAACCAACAAUCAAGGCAACAAGUCAAAGUACCCGACCGCCGUCAAGACUUUCGACGCAUACGACUUCGCUCAUCUAGGCCACAACCAGCCCACAAAGGCACAAUUUGCCUACCUCCUAUCUGAAGCCCCUCGUGCAAAGCUCACCAAAGACGACGCCACGAGCUGUAUCUGCUGUCUCAACGCGUGGACUUUCGAUGGCAAGGUAACGGCUACCCGACUAGCCUGCAACCAUCUCAUCUGCCGAGACUGCGCACCACAGUGGUUCGGACGUCCGAAGAAGACAUGUCCCACUUGUCGUGCGGUCUUGAUGACGUGCGAGGAGGCAUUGGAGGAACACAACAUCGUUCCGGACAUGCAAGACGAGAAUCUCGAAGACGACGAAGAAGGUGAUGGUGCAAUCCUCGCCGACUCAAUCGAUCAUCUGCUUAGCGGGACCAUGAGGCACUUCGUCAGAACCCUCGAUAACGAGCGUGAGAACAGUGCAGUCAUAACGUUGCAGAUGUUGUGCGGCGGUCUCUCGGCUUUCCUCGAAGAGAUCAGGCAGACAAGACAGCGCAUCAGAGACGAAGUCGCUGGACUUCGCAACGAUAUGACCCGGGUGGAGGGACCAGAUGAAGAGCUUGAAGUCGUGUAA